CGUUGAGGUAGGACGGUACCUCGUGCUCGGAUCCGCUGAUAUUUAAUGGUAGACAUUUAACACGCCGUGUAAUCAAAUCGGAAUUUUCACAUGGUCUGGUGCCUGCGACGUUAUUACAUAUCGACGUGCGUGCUCCGGUUUUGGCUUCGCUCGCUUCACUCGCAUUGAAAGAUUGUCCGUUACGAAGAAAAUCGUCACCUGCCAAGGUUGAGGUGUGAUUCGAGAUUCGUUCCAUCUCGCAGGUAUCGACAGUAUAUCUUCCAGUAAACAACGACGGUUGGCAGAGAUAUUGUUCAUAGAAGCGACGAGCAUCUUCGGAAACCAAUUAAACCAACUGCUUCUCCGCGAGAGCGUAUUUCUGUCUCGCGAAUAUUGGAGAAUUGGAAUCUCGUGAUCUUCGAGUCUGAUUUACGAAUUCAACGAGAAUCAAAGCGGUUUCGAAGCGUAAUUCUCUGAUCUCGUGAAAUAUUCAAAUUUGACGAGAGAAUAUAAGAUGAUGCUGAUGCAGGAGCCCGGUUGGAAGUUGGAGCGCAAAGGUUCAGGGGCGCAGGUGUUGCGCAAAGAUGGAUCUCACUUCAAAAGCAGCACCGCACGCGUAUGCUUCCGAUGUGACGUGGAAAUCCGGGAAUUCGUGCCAGAUGAAGAUUAUGGCGUGACGGAGACCAUGGAAAUGGAAACGGCCGCAAGUCCCUUAGCAAUGCUGUCCAGUUGCGUAGCAGCGCUCUGCGUCACCAUCCUUUUGCCAUGGCUCCUGAUCGGAGGCUAGAUCGUGCCGCUUUUAUCAUCGAUCAUGGUGGGACGUCGUCAAUCGAAAAAUUUGCAUCGGCAAUAUCAUCCCUUUGACUGAUCUACGAAUGUACUGGGUAUUCACCUAUUUUUACAUUGGUGGUACCAAUAGUCGUUCGAGGUAUAUGGUUAACGAUGGUUGUAACGUGAAUCCUUGUGUUGAAUAUUCUCAAGGAGUGUUAAGAUGUUAUAUAGUAUUUAUAAAUGUAUGUUAUAGUAUUUAUAAUCAUGGAUACUGUAAUACUUUGGGGCAUUUUUUUCGGUUAGAGCAAAGGUUCUUCACGUUCGACCAUUGCAUUCGAGGAAAGACAUCUGAAAUUACACGAGACUGUCGCGUGAUUAAUUGUGUGGACCGAUAAAUCGAAGCAGAGAGAUAAAUAGGUUUUAUCGCUAUGAUUAUGUAUACAAUUUUUAAUUACAUUCGAUCGAUACGAUAAUUCAAAAGUUUGUUUUUAUCAAUUUCUGUGUAUUAUGUUGAAAAUACUGUGAAUUUAUGACGAAAUAAAAUUUUUUUUACAAAAAAUUUGAACGCGUCGAAGAGAUUCCUGAUUUAAUACGUGAUGAACAAGGUCGUUUUUAUAACAUAGCGAGCUGGAAGAGAUUCAGAACUCAUUUAAAAAAUAUGAAGCAUUAAAUAUUUUUUAUUAUGACAAAAAAAUUUGUUAAAGCCACUAGAAACUUUAUUGAUUCAGCAAAUCUACAGUUAUAAUAGCACGAACAGACAGUUUUCUGUGUUGGAGUGGCAAAGUUGUACAGCUGAAUGAAAUUAGCGAUUAUAAUCAUAUUUGUUGUAAUGGCACAACAAAUUUAUUAAUACAGCAAAAAUAACUUUCUACAAAAACUAAUUCAACAUAUAAAUUAAAAUUUUUAACAAAAUAUGCAAGCUAAGAUGGCGCAUACGUUUACUAUUGUAAUGAAAAAAAAACCUUGAUAGCAAUUUCCAUUGUAGCAAAAAAUUAGCUGACUUAACAUAUCGAUAAUUACUGAUAUAACUGCUUUGUUAAACUACGAAAUUUUUUCGCUAUGGAUGUUGAAUUCGUGUAGCAAUCUAUAGCUUUGCUGAAUCACCCAAUCUAUUUUUUCCGUGUAUAGAAUAAGUUGUAGUAUAUUUAAUAAAAGAGACAGGUGUAAUGUUGAUGUUUGGAUGUUAUCCAAAAUUUUCAAUGUUAUAAAUAACGAGAAUAUUUGACUGAUUUUUUUUUGUAAUUGUAUAGUUGAGCGAGAGUUACUUGUAAGAUAUGUAUGUCGAUCUUAUAAUACGGUACAAAAUUUAACAUGAUUAUAUUUUGCUAAAUGUUAUGCAAUUCCAGUUUUGUAAAGAUUUUGUAUGUAUAAUAGAAAGGCGAUGAAAUAAUGAGUGAAAAAGAUUUUAAAAACUACCCGUCGUUGGCAGGUGAUUGAUUCCAACCUACCACUUGCUACAGGUGGCACAAGCGAUUCACUUCUCUUCCAUCUCCCCUCUAUUCCAGAAACCGCCGAUUACACCGUCUGCUGUUAAGAUUUAAUGGUCCCGUACAGCAGCUGUGCUACUGCAGAUUUAUCUUAGCCGUUUUAUGGACCUCGCUGUAUCGUUAGGUUUUAGAUUAAGAGCCGAGUAACAGCCGGCUACGAAUUCGCAAGACCACGUGGACAUGCAGUUGAACUAUAAAACCGAAGAGGGUGUGGUAUAAUAUCCUGCUCAGUACAGAAAUUGUCGGUAAACUUGAAACAACUUGAUCGCACGGAAUAUUUCUAUCAUUUAUAUUCUGUCGAUGUUACGAAGCGACGGCUGAAGAGGCGGCAGCCGCGUAUAUAGCGGAUAAGCUGUCACUUUUUGUAGCACAAUUUCUAUGUCCACGUAUAACAUUAUUUCUUUUUCUUUUUAAUUCUAUAAUGCCGCUUUGUGAUGUAAAACAUAGUAUUGAAUAUGUGAGAACCUUGAAGUAAUAAUAGUAAUCGGAAAGAGAAAGAU